AUGGUUUCGGCCUUCGGCUCUAUUACAAAAAGUGAAAAAGAGACCGGUAUUUUGGUGUUCCAAUUUAUCGUGACAAACGACCUCGUUUAUGCAAGGGUUUUCAAGUGGAAGAGAAAAUUCAAGCUUCGUGUUCAUGAGCUUUUAGCUUCAAUUACUAUUUCGUCAACUUCGUGUGCAUUUCAACUUAUUGAGGCGGAUAAUUCUUCAUUUUCAUCUCUCACAAUGCUGCAAUGGAUGGGAGGGUCGAGGCGCAAAGUUACCUCUUCAAGGAAGUCCACAUACAAGAGGCAAAAGCAAUACUUUGAGCAAAGGAAACGACAACAACAACAGCAGCAGACAGCCGAGUCAGAGAGCCACGGUGAUGGAACCAGCACAUGUAGCCAACAUCAAAAUGAACAACGGUCACUGGAUGUUCUCAGUUUGCUAAACUGGUCAACAGUUUCCCAAGAAUGCAGGUCUGCUUGCCCUAGUGGAAAGGAAGAUCUCGGAGUUAAUGGUUCAACGGUGAAGUAUGAUUUCACAAAAGGCCCAUCAACAACCGUUAACCACACAGUUACCCUCGCCGAUUCUGUCAAUUUUAAGGAAGCAGGAAGUCCAUUGCAUUGCCAAGUGAAUGCUGCAUCUCCAAAGAAGGUUUUACUUAGUUCCCAUGAUGAUAAUAGCACUUUUUUCAAUGGAACUGGUGCGCAACUUGAUCAAUGGAAGACAGCUACCGAGCAGUAUUCAUCUGUUCUUGAUUUGCUUGGUGAUGAUGAGCCAAAUGACAAUAAGGAAAGAAGUCCAAUGCAGGAAGCCCAUGUUGCAUUUUCAGUUGAAGGUCUGGGUAAAGUGGGAACGGAGACACCAGUCCAUUCGCCACAACAACCUGGCAGAUACUGUUCUCUUGGUUGCCCCUCACCUUUGAAGGCUGCAAGAGAUCCAAAUAUGUUGAACAAGCAUAACCAUUUGCUGGAUGACCUCGAACUAGAAGUGGAUGCAUUAAUGCAAGAUAAUAAUAUGCCCCGAAUUGCAAGUUCUUCAGAGUUUUCAUCAGGCAUAAUGCAUUCAUAUAGUGAUUCCAAGCAGAAAUUAGCUGCUGUAAGAGACUACAGGCAACAUUACGGCCAUGGUAGUAAAAUCAAUGGUUUGUUUGGUGACAGCAGAAUCUUUUAUGACCGUGAAAACACCAGAGAAGAUAUAUGGGAUGCUAGGUCUUGCUUCCUAGAUGACAACUUCCUUGAUGAGAGGGAAUGCGAUGCAUCUUGGAAAAACUGGCCAUCUGAAAUAGAUGGUGAAUCUCUGGAUUUUUGGAAAGAUGGAAACUCUGAAAUGUUGGAUUAUAAUUUUGAUGGCCCCCAUCUACCGAAGAAAAGGGAUGCUGCACUAGCAAUGGACAGAUUCGACAUCUUAGAGUCACCUGCUUCAUUUUACAAGAACCGAACAUCAGAAAUUGAUCUUGACUUCAUGAAUCCCAAUGGGGCAAGAUGCCCUAUACUAGGAACAAAGUUUGAUUUUCAAGAUGUAACCAACCAAUCAGAUUGGUUUUGCUUUGCAACAGAAGAUGCAAGAGAUAAUAUGAGCAUGCUGAGCGAAGAGUCGUGCUCGUCAAGUGCAGUUAGGGGCAAGGCAACCGGUAAUUCAAAAUGGAACUCAGCAGCAAGACAGAGCAGAAGACACAGCAAUGCUUUUUAUAGCCCCCAAAAAAGCUAUGGUGUGAAGAACAUUUUUGCCAAAGAGUCAUGGCCUAAGAGCAGGAAUGAAAUUGGACAAGGAAAUGAUGUGGUUGGGUCAGGCAAAUAUACAAAUGUGUCAAAUCCAUCAAAGUCAAUACCAUCCUAUCACUCUAACACUCCUCUCCAAGAAAAAUUAGGUCCACAUAACAGUUGGUUUUGUGAGAAAGGAUAUACGACGGCUAAAAUGAAUUCAGGUUUCAGUCCUUUCUCUCGAAAUUCAGAGAAAAAAUCUCUAUUCUCAGGCUCUAAGGUUUGGACUGAAGAUCCUUCCAGUGGACUUUUAGUUCCUGAAUCAGAUUUUGAUGCCAAAUCUUCUUUUGAUAGAUCUAAACAUGGAGAAUGUUUGGCAUGCUCACCUUCUGGCAGUUUCAUCACUGAAAAAUUCACAUUUCAUGAUUCCCCUAUAUUUUCAAGGGUUGAGUUUGAGCCAGACAUGCCAGAUUUUUCUCCAGAUUCUAAAUUGAAAGGCACGCCUCCAAAUUCUUCCCAUCUGACUGGUUCUCACGGUGAGACACACUUUCCUGAAAUAUCAGCAGAGGAAAGUGCAAGCAAAGAUGUGGAAAGUAAAUUAAAAAUCCAGCCAUCCGAAUAUGAAAAAUUGGAGAUCAUGCAAGAAAUUUGCAUCGGCAAUGGCUUGUUUUCAGAGAGUAAAAAGGGAAUAGAUGCUUCAAGCUCCAGGAGCAACACUAGUGGAUGCAAGGAAGUAAAAGAUGAAGCAUCAGAAAUAAUGCAGAAUCUAAAAACAAUACGUUCUCCUGACCAUGCAGAGCAGGCAUCAACAUCUCUUUUCAUCUCUAACAAAGUUGAAAGCAUCAUAGAAGAACAAGAACAUCAGAAUGACAAUGAAGCUACCCUUCCAUAUCAGAAUGGGUAUAAAGAAAUACAAGAUAUUUUUGGGCCUCAGGAAAGAAGGAUAAUAACAAAGACAAAAAGUAACUGUGACAACUCAUCUUGUGAGGUGAUGAUGCUUCAAAGCUACGUCCUUCAGCUUCUUUGUGUGCAGAAGAUACUGAAGGAUGCAUCUACACAAGACACAAUGAAGAAGGUAUGACACCUUCACAUCUGAUAGAUUUGGGGAUUCUUUUCAAACUCAAGGAUGAAAAAUCAGAAAACAAUUUUAACGGCUUUGUUUCCAUGCCCUACAGGUCCACAAAUUGUCAUAAAGGUUACUUGUAACUUAGUAGUCU